AGAACUUUUCUUUAUUGAAUAUGGAGAAAAGGUCAAAUACAGUAGCUCGAAGAAAUCUAUAGUAAUCAUCCCAGGUCCCAUUGAUAGCAACCUGGCCAAAACGCGCUCAAGGACAAUGAUUAUGGGUCAUUUUCUUAACAAGUAAGCAUAACUAUUUAAACAUGAAAGCUGACUUGAUAGAAAGCAACAACCAAGCAAUUACAAAGCAAGAGUUGAAUGGAGAUAAUUCAUCAAACUGUUUAGAAAAAAUCCAGAAGCUAAAGUAUGUCAUCCUCUUACAUGAAAGAGGCUGAGAAAAUAUCAGGCCAACAGGGUUGUUGCCCUAAUCCUCUCCUUAUACUACUUGAGUCCCAGAACCAGCAGCCUCUUCCCAAGAUCAAAAGCACUACUGCAGCUUGCCGCCAUAGCUUCGCAGCCACAACAACUUCCUCUUUCUUCCCAAAUACCCAUUUCACUAACCAUGAAUCCCUUCCUUCAUAUCAAGAAUCAUUUGCUCAGUUCAUCAAAACCUACCCUAAAUACUCAGAAACUCGCCAAAUCGACAAAAUUCGAAGUCAAGAAUACUAUCAUCUGUCAAUCUCCAACCAUGUGUGCCUGGAUUACAUUGGCAUUGGUCUCUUCUCUUACUCACAGGUUCAAUCACAGCUCCCUGCACUUGUCCCUAUGACUUCCUCUUCUUCUCCAUCAUCAUCUAAUGAAUGUUGUGAUUAUCCUUUCUUUGACAUAUCUUGUAAGUCUGUGAAUCUCAAAUCUGAACUACUACAUGGUGGUCAUGGAUCAGAAUUGGAAUCUAGUAUCAAGAAAAAAAUCAUGAAUUUUCUUAACAUGUCUCAAAAUGAAUACUCAAUGGUUUUUACUGCUAAUAGAUCAUCAGCUUUCAAGCUUAUAGCAGAAUCUUACCCUUUCCAAACUAGUCGAAAGCUUCUUACAGUUUAUGACCAUGAGAGUGAAGCAUUGGAGACCAUGGUCAAUACAUCAGAAAAAAGAGGGGCUAGCAUAUUGUCAGCAGAAUUCAAGUGGCCACGGCUAAGAAUUCACUCGGAAAAACUUAGGAAACUAAUUAUAAGGAAGAAGAAGAAAAAGAAAUCAAAGGGAUUGUUUGUGUUCCCACUACAGUCAAGAGUGACUGGAGCGAGUUACUCUUAUCAGUGGAUGAGUUUGGCACAGGAAAAUGGUUGGCAUGUCUUGCUUGAUGCAUGUGCAUUGGGACCAAAAGACAUGGAUAGCUUUGGACUUUCACUCUUCCAUCCUGACUUCCUUAUUUGCUCUUUCUACAAGAUUUUUGGUGAAAAUCCUACAGGGUUUGGAUGCCUCCUUGUCAAGAAAUCACUCGUAUCAAUGUUGGAAGCUUCUGUCAGUGCAGGUAUUGUAAGUCUUGUUCCACCCACACAGUUAUUAAAUUCACUAGAUUCAUCAGGCAGUGGCACAGAGCUUGAACAAAAAUCCAACUUUUAUACAAAGCUGGAUGAACUACAUAUAUCUGGCUCGCGUUCAGCUCAUGUUCCUGCAAACAGCGAGAAAGAAGAAAGAGAAGUUGCUCAAAAGGAAAAGAGCAAAGAGGAACCAGAUCAAUCCAUUGUUUCACUAGGAAACAAUACUAAGGUGGAAGAAAAGGAAAGCUUGGAGAUUCAUUGCAGAUGCUUGGAUCAUGUGGAUUCGCUGGGAUUGAUGCAAAUCGGUAACAGAAGAAGGUAUCUAGUUAAUUGGCUCAUUAGUGCACUACUGAAACUUCAGCAUCCAAAUAGGUUGGACCAUUUUCCUCUGGUCAGAAUCUAUGGACCAAAGAUAAAAUUUGACCGGGGAACAGCUCUGGCGUUUAAUCUGUUUGACUGGAAAGGAGAAAGGGUGGAACCAAUUCUCAUGCAGAAGCUUGCUGAUCGGAACAAUAUUUCUCUCAGCCAUGGGCUUCUUUCGCGCUUGUGGUUUCUAGACAAGUAUGAGGAAGAAAAGCAGAGGAAUACAGAAAGAAAUAAGGGUGAAGAAAAAGAUGCAGAGAGCAAGAAAUCUAAAAGAACUGACUUUGGCAUAUCAGUAGUUACAAUUGCCCUUAGCUUUCUGGCCAACUUUGAAGAUGUUUACCGGCUUUGGACAUUCAUAGCCCAGUUUCUUGAUGCAGACUUUGUGGAGAAAGAACGGUGGAGAUACAUCUCUCUGUAUCAGAAAACCAUCGAAGUCUAAAGCAGCAGUUUUUGCCGGCAAGUCUUUUUACUGCAAAAGAUUUGAAGAGUGAUACUUGUAUUAGUCAAUGUGAAAUGGAAACAAAUGCAAGAUCUUUGUCCAGAAAAUGGAUGAGAGUCCAAACAUUUGAAGAAAAAGGCACAUAAGGGUCAGGACUUGGAUUCACAUUUUUAUCAGUUUUUUCACCUUGCUUCAAUUGCUAGAACCUGUGUAUUGUGAAUAUUUGUGGAUGACGAGAGAGAGCUAUAAUUAGUUGAUAAGAACGUUGCAGUAUCUAGUUGCGUUUGAGAAAUU